CUCACUUCUGCCAGCGGCAGCGCGCGUGCGCCCCAAGCUGCCGCUCGGAGUUUGUUCCGCUGGCCGUUGUGUGCGGGCGGUCUCCGUCGGCGCGAUGCACGACGCUUACGAGCCGGUGCCGAUUUUGGAGAAGCUGCCGUUGCAAAUCGAUUGCGUAGCGGCCUGGGAAGAUAGGCUUCUUGUCGGCACUAAGCCAGGUCAUCUCCUCCUCUACAGGAUCAAAAAGGAAUUAGGUACCAACAGAUUUGAAGUCUUACUAGAAAAGUCUAACAAGAACUUUUCAAAGAAAAUUCAACAGUUAUAUGUUGUAUCCCAAUUUAAAAUACUGAUCUCUCUCCUGGAAAAUAAUAUUUAUGUUCAUGACUUACUCACAUUCCAACAAAUUACAAUGGUUACCAAGGCCAAAAGUGCCAGUCUGUUUUCGUGUGACUUAAAGCGGUCUGACAGUGAUGAGCUGAUUCUGAAUAUGUGUGUAGCUGUGAAGAAGAAACUUCAGCUCUACUACUGGCGGGACCGAGAGUUUCAUGAAACACAGGCAGAUUUCAGCGUUCCUGAUGUUCCUAAGUCCAUGGCUUGGUGUGAGAAUUCCAUCUGUGUGGGCUUUAAAAGGGAUUAUUAUCUAAUCCGGUUGGAUGGAAAAGGCUCAAUAAAGGAGCUUUUCCCAACUGGGAAGCAACUAGAGCCUCUUGUGACUCCCUUGGAUGACCAAAAGGUGGCAGUUGGGCAAGACGAUUUAACGGUGGUACUGAAUAAGGAUGGAGUCUGCACUCAGAAAUGUGCCCUGAACUGGACAGAUAUUCCUCUUGCCAUGGAACAUCAGUCACCUUAUAUCAUAGCAGUGCUACCACGAUAUGUGGAGAUCCGUACCUUUGAGCCACGCCUGCUGGUACAGAGUGUGGAGCUGCAGAGGCCACGUUUUAUCACAUCAGGAGGGCCUAACAUUGUUUAUGUGGCUAGCAAUCACUUUGUAUGGCGACUGGUACCGGUUUCAAUUGCAACUCAGAUCCGACAGCUUCUUCAGGACAAACAAUUUGAAUUGGCCUUGCAGCUUGCUAAAAUGAAAGACGACUCCGACAGUGAUAAGUGGCAGCAGAUUCACCAUAUUCAGAACCUGUUUGCAUUCAAUCUGUUUUGCCAAAAACGCUUUGAUGACUCCAUGCAGGUCUUUGCUAAGCUCGGCACAGAUCCCACUCAUGUAAUUGGGCUGUAUCCAGACCUGUUGCCUGCUGACUACAGGAAACAACUUCAGUAUCCAAAUCCUCUUCCCACACUAUCUACUGCAGAACUGGAGAAAGCACACUUAGCACUUAUAGACUACUUGACACAGAAACGAACCCAUCUGGUAAAGCAAUUGCAUGAUUCAGAACCCUCUACCACGUCACCCCUGGUGGAAGGAACGCCAAUCAUCAAGUCAAAGAAAAAAUUGCUCCAGAUCAUUGAUACAACAUUACUGAAGUGUUAUCUUCAUACGAAUGUGGCACUUGUGGCCCCUCUGUUACGGUUGGAGAACAAUCACUGUCACAUUGAGGAGAGUGAGCAUGUACUGAAGAAAGCGCACAAAUACAGCGAGCUGAUCAUUCUGUAUGAAAAGAAGGGUCUGCAUGAGAAAGCCCUGCAGGUUCUCCUAGAUCAGGCAAAGAAAGCCAAUUCACCACUUAAAGGCCAUGAGCGAACUGUGCAGUACCUCCAACGACUGGGGAAAGAGAACUUGAAUAUUAUUUUUGAGUUUUCUGUUUGGGUCCUAAAAGCAUGUCCGGAAGAUGGGUUAAAGAUAUUUACUGAAGAUUUGCCUGAGGUGGAAAACUUGCCAAGAAUCAAAGUGUUGGACUUUCUAAAAGAUAGCUGUAAGGAACUUGCUAUUCCAUAUCUGGAGCAUAUUAUCUAUAUCUGGGAUGAAACCGGGCCAGUCUUCCACAACUGCCUGAUCCAGCUAUAUCGUGAGAAGGUGCAAGUCCUCAUGAAGGAAUACCUCAAUUCUCUGCCUGAGGAUGAGAUCCCUGUUCCUGCUGGAAGUGAAGAAGGGGAGUUGGGAGAGUACAGGAACAAGCUGUUGUGUUUCUUAGAAAUUUCCACGCAUUAUCAACCCAGCAAGCUCAUCAGUGACUUUCCGUUUGAUGGGUUACUGGAGGAACGAGCAUUACUGAUGGGUCGGAUGGGUCUACAUGAACAAGCCCUUUUUAUAUAUGUUCACAUACUGAAGAAUAUUAAAAUGGCAGAAGAAUACUGUCACAAACAUUAUGACUUGAACAAGGAAGGUGACAAAGAUGUGUAUCUUUCUCUACUACGUAUGUACCUGUCGCCACCUGACAUUCAUUGGGUGGGACCAAUCCGGAUGGAGAUAGCAGAGCCACAGGCAAAUCUUCAGGCUGCACUACAAGUACUAGAACUGCACCACAGCAAACUUGACACCACAAAGACUUUGAACCUGCUACCUGCCAACACACAAAUCAGAGAGAUCCGAGUAUUUCUGGAAAAUGUUCUUGAAGGAAAUGCUCAGAAACGACGCUGCAAUCAAGUUAUGAAAGGUCUUCUGCAUGCAGAGUUCCUUCGUAUCCAGGAGCAGAGAAUUUAUCAUCAAGAAGUGAAGUGCAUCAUAACAGAGGAAAAAAUCUGUCGCGUCUGCAAGAAGAAAAUUGGAAACAGUGCUUUCGCUCGUUACCCAAAUGGAGUUGUGGUCCACUAUUUCUGUUGCAAAGACCGCAAGGUUUGUCCCACAGAGACAUAAAUGUGACCAGUGAAAAUCUGGAUGCAAGACUUUUUUUGUGUUCUCAAAAUGGACAGUUGAACAAGAUGGACUUUCAGAUAGGUGGCCUGACUCUCUGUUGGAGGAUGAGUGGGCAGAUGGUAUGCACUGUGUAAUAUAUUGUUAGUUCCAAUAAUAUUGUGUACAGAUUCAGUUACUAGCAUGUUUGCUUUGUGCUUACGUUUGGGAAUUGGUGAGAAACUGGAAGCUAAUUCCUGUGUACAGUUGUAUAUUUGAUCUUUGCCACUUCUGGAAAGACAGUUGCACUACAUCCCGAGAGUCUAAAAGAGCACUGCCUCAGUGCUUUCAAUAUUUUUUUUAGACUCUGUUUUUGGACUUCUCCAGAGAUGAAAUUCCUUAUGAAGAGGUAUGGCAUUUUGAAGGUUUACCACCUUACCUAGGCCUUCUGUUCAUAGCAUUGUUCAGAUUGUAGUUUCAGCCUUUAUUUGCACCUUGCAUUUAUUGAGUGUUGUGUGCCUAGUUCUAACAUGCAAAAAAUGCUAAGCUCUCAAAGUGAUGCAUUAUGUAGAGAAGUAACAUAUUCAUGACUGCGACAGACUCAAUUCCACACUAUAUGCUUUGGCUUCUAACAGCAUUGAAGCCAUGUAGCUCAUUUGAUUCCUCUAAUUUGGAAUCUUGAAUCUGUUUAUGUUAACAAGAUUGGGUAUAGCUUGUCAUUUGUCUUCACAUGUGCUGAGACAUCAAAUUUGAAUUGCAAGGAUUAUUUUAUUGUGCGAAAUGCCACCUUAUAUUUUUUUCACUUCUAAAUAACACUUACCAAAGCAACAUGUAACAGAAGGACAGAAACAAUUCUUCGGUUGGGGAACAACUUUGUGGUUGGUCUUGAUUUGAUUCCCUUCACAAUCUGCCUACCUAAAUUGGAAGAAGGAACAAAACCGGGGGAUUUUUAACUGCUGAUCACUGGUGUUUAAAAUGGAAACUCCAAAUAUGUGUACUUCGGGUAAGAAUAGGACUAUGCUCAGUAAGGUUGCAUAAAUACCAAUCAAUUAUUUGCUUUCAACAACAUUUUAAAGAGCAGCACGAAGAAAACAAAACUUGAAGACUAGAAAAUGGAGAUUGAAGAAGCAAUUUGUUGAUUAUUCAAAGGAUCAUCAUAGUAAGUCUCAAGGGUACAAAACAUGCAUAGGAUUUUGCAUGUUAGUUUUUCAGUGCACAGAUCUGCAUUGUUAUAUUGAUGCUAAGUUUGGAAUUAAUUACUAAUGACGUUACUGGGUCAUUGCAUUUCAACUUAGUGCCCCCCAGUUUAAUAGUUCUCUGUUGGAAAAUGGACCCAAGCUUUCUUGCAUGACAAACCUCCGUAAGGUUGUCCGCUAGACAAAGAGAAAAACGAGCAGGUUAAGGAAGAGGGAGGGGUGUCAAAAUACUGAAUUCUGUCUUCUGGAGAGCAAACAAGAAUCAAGACUGACCAUAAAUCUGCAUCAUUUUCUGAAAGUUGGAGUGUAAACCUGCUUAAAUUGGGAGAAUAUCCUGUAGAAUGGAUGUAAUUUGGAGGGAAAAAAAUUAAGGAAUUAAUCAUGUAUAAAAAUUUUUUAAUAGGCUGUUUGAAUGGUGCAACAGAUGCCAUCAUAUUAACAAUACUGUAAGUCCUCAUUUAAAGUUGAUUGGGUUCCAAAAAUUGACUUUCAGUAAAACAUUGUUGCGGUUGGGUUCUCUCAGACCAACCUUAUCAGAAAAAAAAUUAAAUCAUUAUACCAAGUUUAAAUAUUUUACAUCACUGUUUCAUUCACCAACAUAGAAAUUAUGUAUAAAAAGACAAACAAUAAAAGUAUAACCUGCUACUUUACUCCUUUACAUUAGCAAUCCCCCUUCCUAAGCCUUUUGCUCCUGUUCCUUCAGGUUGACCCAGACCCUUUCUGCUUAUGGAUUGUCUAAAUUGUGACCUCUGACCUUCCCUGUCACCACUUCUACUUCUGGCUUACAUUCCCAAUCAAAAUCCAAAAGCUGGAGCUGCAGCAUUAUGGAAGUGAGGGUCCUGAUUGUUCAGAUGUGCUGAGGCUUUUUGCAAUUUUUUUUAUGCUCCCACUUGUCCCUUCCCUCACCUUAACCCUCACCAUGACCAAGGGCUUGGGAGAAAGCAGAAGGUUUGAAAAUCAUUUGAAGAACACAUGGAUUACAAAAGAUCCAGCACCUCUCAGCCAUAGGCACUUGCAGUUCAACAAAAUCAGAGCCUCAGCUUUGAAUCAAAUCUGGAUCUUGAAUGGGAAUGCAGAGGUGUAAGUAGAGCAUGGGUGAGCUGAGGUCUGAGAAGAUUGUAACGAGUAGGCCAAACACUGGUGAGAGGCCACAGCCUGAAGGUUCAGGAUGGAGAAAGGGCACAACUCAAAGGUCAGGGAAUGGAUGCAAUGUCAUUAGUUUCAGAAAGAAAUCAGUAUUAAAACAAAUCUAGCAAUGUUGAGUGGAAUAAUGGGCUCUAUUAACUUUCUGACAUUGAAGUGAAACGAUAUUGAACAGGGUAACUUCAAAUGAGAUCUUUCUGUAUUACGUUAUGUACCAUGCAGAGAAAGAAAAGCAAGAUGAUUGAAUAAUGAUGAUUGGGCACCAACCAACUUUUAAUUUGACAGUGACACGGAGAAUGUGGCAGCUUCAUAUUGCUUUCUAUAUUUAUUGAAAUUGGAUAUUUGUGAUUGUGUUUGAAUGAGAUGAAUUUUCCUAUGCUGCAUAUUUUGUACUUAAGGUUGUCCUGUAUAUCCUUGUGAAUGAGAAGUUUUUAUUAACAACCCAGAAGGAAAUGCCAGUGGCCCAGUAGAAUUCAGCCUGACUGGGUCAGGCCUUCCAUUUCUUGCUGUCUAUAGGAUUUUGAAUUGAGUUGGGAUGACCUCCAUUCAUACAGGUUUGCAUAUUUGCCACAAAAAACUGCUCAUUUGCAAUAAAUUGAUAUUUGUUUGUUUAUUUGGAAAGGCCCUAUAGAACAUUAUUAUUAAACAAAAUAAAGUGUGAUUUCUGGAUCGAGGCACUGCAUUUGUUUUCCCAGGACUGUUUGUAUGUCAUUGUGACCAUUACCAUCCCUAAAUCUGCCAUGUCUGUGUUUUUGCAGCAAUAGAAGAUGUUGGCUAACGUUAUUACCUUAUCUGCUGAAUUCCGGCUCAUUAAAUUUGGUGUUCCUUUUUACCCUAAA